UAAACGGGUUAGAAAAUUUUUUCCAGGUUCAAGUGAACAAACUUGAGUUUUAUAGGUGAAACACUCUUUAUUUUUGGUAACAAAAUAACAUAAUGCAAAUAUUUACAAACAUCCCAUUUUUAAAUGUUAAAAAAAAACUUUCUCAAUUCAUUGUUGCACUGUCAUCUUUAGCUUCAAGGGACAGAUUUAAUUUUUGACAGUGUUAUGACUAGGCAGCAUACCUCUGAUAGCCACUUACAAGGAAAAAAAUCAGCAAAUUUGGAACAGCUGUCUUUUUGCAAAUUAAAAUGUGUAUUAUUUAAAAGAUACGUAUUAACUUCAGGAUAGGUGUUCCUUCUAGGGAGGAAAAACAGAGAAAUGGAUGGUGCCUUUAAUUGUAUCUGUAAUAGUUUACUUCUGAAAAAUAUGAAGUAAUACAAAAUGUUAAAUCUGGGCAAUGAGUAAAUGGUUGGUAUAAUUCUAUUAAUUCUCUUUUUGACAUGUUUAAAAUAAAUGUCAUUUAACCAGAUUAAAUUGUACCAUUGUAAUAUGUAACGAUGGGCAGCUCUUGCUUGGCAUCAGAGACGUCACCGACCUCACUAAAUGUUCAGGACAUGCUGUUGCAGUUUAUAACAAAUAAUGUCUUUAAAGCAGAUUGAAUGGUAAUUCGACUUGUGACAUAACUGCUUUAAAGCUACAAACUGCAAGCGUGCAAAAAUAUUAAGUAAAAGAGUGAAACGAUAUCCACGUUUGGAGGCGGUAUCUAGGGGUGGGAAAAGACGUGUGCCAGCAACUCGUCAAAAACUAGAUCUCUAAUUAAGCAUGUCGGGAUUUCGGCGGAACGCGACUGAGCCUCAAAUUCAGCUCAACUGGAUUCGGCGUCACCGGAAACGGCAGCUCCCACUUGGGGCGCUGCGGACACACGCGCCAAGGCUGCAUUUCAGGAAGCAAACAAAAAAAAAAGGGAAAGAAAAAGGAGGAAUAGUGCGGCACAGGGGCCUCGGACGCCGCAUACGCACCGCGUCCCGCCUCUCCCCCGGCGCCGGGUUCCCGACCGCCGCCGAGCGGCCUACGACCGCGGCGGCCGCUCCCGACGGCCCAGCCCUCGGACCCUGCGGCCCGCCCGGCGUAGCCCGCAGGCGGGUGCCCUCAGGGAUCAUGGCCCAAGUAGCAAUGUCUACCUUGCCUAUGGGAGGUGAGGAGUCCUCGGACAGCAGGAUGGUGGUGACGUUCCUCAUGUCUGCUCUUGAGUCAAUGUGUAAGGAACUGGCCAAGUCCAAGGCUGAAGUGGCCUGCAUCGCAAUGUAUGAAACAGACGUGUUUGUCGUUGGGACCGAGAAAGGAUGCGCCUUUGUCAACGCCAGGACAGAUUUUCAGAAAGAUUUUGCAAAAUACUGCGUUGCCGAAGGACUGCAGGAGACGAAACCUCCCUACCCCGAGAACGGAAUGCAUGCCGACUCGGGAGAGACCGAAAUCCUCCGAAAAGCAGUCGAAGACCAUUUCUGCUUUUGUUACGGUAAAGCCUUGGGCACAACAGCAAUGGUACCUGUUCCAUAUGAGAAGAUGCUGAGAGACCAGUCGGCUGUGGUAGUGCAGGGGCUACCGGAAGGAGUUGCCUUUAAACACCCUGAGAAUUAUGAUCUUGCAACCCUGAAGUGGAUUUUGGAGAACAAAGCCAGGAUUUCAUUCAUCACAAAUAGACUUCUCCUGGACCCAGCAGAUCAGCUAGGUACUCAUGUGAUGGUGACAGAUGCUGAAAGAGCAGCCGUGUUGCCAGGUGAAAGCUGUGGCCCCAUCAAAGUGAAAACUGAACCCACAGAAGAGUCUGGAAUUUCACUGAAGGCAGCAGCUGUGUCAGUCAAGAAAGAAUCGGAAGAUCCUAAUUACUAUCAAUAUAAUUUGCAAGGAAGCCAUCAUUCUUCCUCGAGCAACGAAGUGAUAGAAAUGGAGUUACCCAUGGAAGAUUCUCCUCAGCCUGUCCCUUCAGAAACAAGCAAAGACGCUGAAGCCGAGGUGAAGAUUGAAGGAAGCACAAAUUCAUCCGGUAUUACAAAUUCUGCAGCAGGUGUUGAGGAUCUUAACAUCGUUCAGGUGGCAGUUCCAGAUAAUGAGAAGGAAAGAUUAUCAAGUGCUGAAAAGAUUAAACAGCUAAGAGAACAAGUCAAUGAGCUCUUUAGCCGAAAAUUUGGUGAGGCAAUUGGAGUCGAUUUCCCUGUGAAAGUUCCCUACAGAAAAAUCACAUUCAACCCUGGAUGCGUGGUGGUUGACGGCAUGCCCGCGGGGGUGGCAUUCAAAGCCCCCGGCUACCUGGAAAUCAGCUCCAUGAGGAGGAUCUUGGAUGCUGCCGAGUUUAUCAAAUUCACAGUCAUUCGACCGCUUCCAGGAGUUGAGCUUAGUAAUGUGGGAAAACGAAAGAUAGAUCAAGAGGGCCGAGUAUUUCAAGAAAAGUGGGAGAGAGCAUACUUCUUCGUGGAAGUGCAGAAUAUUCCUACAUGCUUAAUAUGCAAACAGAGCAUGUCUGUGUCAAAAGAAUACAACCUAAGACGCCAUUAUCAAACCAACCACAGUAAGCAUUUUGACCAGUAUACCGAGAAGAUGCGCGAUGAGAAGCUUCACGAGCUGAAGAAGGGACUCACAGAGUAUCUCUUAGGGUCAACAGAAAUUGUGUGUCCUGAGCAAAACCAAGUAUUUGCAAAUGUGAGUCCUGCAGAAAACGCUGUUGUGCAGCCUGUAGAAGACGUGGCUGGGAAUUUGUGGGAGAAGUUACGUGAGAAAAUCAAAUCGUUUGUGGCGUAUUCUAUUGCGAUCGAUGAGAUCACAGAUACUAACAAUACCACCCAGUUGGCCAUCUUCAUUCGUGGUGUCGAUGAGAAUUUUGAUGUGUCUGAAGAACUUUUGGAUACAGUGCCCAUGACAGGUACAAAAUCUGGAAAUGAGAUAUUUUUACGUGUUGAGAAAAGUCUGAAAAAGUUUAAUAUUGACUGGUCGAAAUUAGUAAGUGUGGCCUCAACCGGCACUCCUGCAAUGAUCAAUGUAAAUGACGGACUUGUUACAAAGCUGAAAUCCAAGGUGGCGAUGUCUUGCAAGGGCUCCAAUCUUAAGUCUGUUUGUUGCAUUAUUCACCAGGAAUCACUUUGUGCUCAAAAGUUGAAGAUGGACCACGUCAUGGAUGUGGUGGUUAACUCGGUGAACUGGAUAUGCUCCCGAGGACUGAACCACAGAGAGUUCACAACUUUGCUUUAUGAACUGGACAACCAAUACGGCAGCCUUUUGUACCACACAGAGAUUAAGUGGCUGAGUCGUGGGUUGGUGCUGAAGAGAUUUUUUGAAUCAUUGAAAGAAAUUGAGUCAUUCAUGUUAUCUAAAGGAAAACCUGUGCCUCAACUGAGCUCUAAAGAUUGGAUCAAAGACUUGGCUUUCUUGGUUGACAUGACAAUGCAUCUAAACACUUUGAACAUAUCUCUACAAGGGCACUCGCAAAUAGUUACACAAAUGUAUGACUUGAUUCGGGCAUUCGUCGCCAAACUGUGCCUUUGGGAAACUCACUUGGCCAGAAAUAACCUGGUCCACUUUCCCACCCUGAAGUCCGUUUCCAGAGAUGAGAGCGAUGGCCUGAACUACAUCCCCAAAAUUGCAGGAUUAAAGACUGAGUUCCAGAGAAGGUUGUCUGACUUCAAGCUCUAUGAAAGCGAGCUGACCCUGUUCAGCUCUCCUUUCUCCAUGAAGAUCGACAGUGUGCACGAAGAGCUUCAGAUGGAGAUUAUUGAUUUGCAGUGCAACACGGUACUGAAAACUAAGUAUGACAAGGUUGGAAUACCAGAAUUCUACAAAUACCUCUGGAGUAGCUACCCAAAAUAUAAACACCACUGUGCCAAGAUUCUGUCCAUGUUCGGGAGUACCUACAUUUGUGAACAGCUGUUUUCUAUCAUGAAACUGAGUAAGACUAAGUAUCACUCCCAGCUAAAGGAUUCACAGUGGGACUCUGUCCUGCACAUCGCAUCGUAAUGAAGGGAAACCUUGACUGGAACCCUCUAGUCGUAAGGGAUUGUGAGAUGAGAAAAUGAGUAACUAUUUCUGGUUUUCAGUGUUUUCCCUUUUGAAUUAGAAAUAUAAUUUGCAGUAUCACACCUGUUUGUAUGACAUUUUAUGCUUCACCAUAGUUCAGUAAAACCAGGAAAGUUUUAUUGUGUUUCUAGCAGUUGAUUUUUCUUAUGUCUGGCUUGUUUCCUUCAUUUACCUUACCUGCUGAUCCUGGAGUUGGCAUCUCGAAGUUAAAAUCAACAGAGAAGUAGAGACAGAUGUGUGUAUUCAUUUAGGGGUGUAUGUGCACACAGAUUUAUUACCACCACCCCCAUUUGCAUGAUAGACCUGCUGCAACAUCGCGUUACCCCACAUGGUCUAACGCGCUUCCAAGUUCACGCCUGAGGAGGAUCACUUAGAGAUGUAUCCAUGCGCUCUGGUAUUUCUGUAUUAUCUGUCUCUUCCUCCAGCUUAAAAUAGAAAACCCCAAAACAAAUAACAUAGACGAUAAAAGACAAAAUAAAUUGAAGUUUUCUUUUUUCUGAUGUUUUAAUUUGAAAUAAUUUCAAAUUUACAGAAAAGUUGCAAAAAUAGAAGGAACAUUAUGUUCUGCUACCCAGAUUUUUAUAUUAACAUUUUACUGCUGUGCUUUAUGAUUUGUUCGCCCUCUCACUCGUCUCUUUCUCAUAGACAGACAGACAGAUAGAUGAUAGAUAGAUACAUAGAUGAUAAUAGCUAGAUGAU